AUGAAGUCGGAACACGACAACCCGACGACAAGUGCACCGACCCUCUCCGUUGCGCAAUGGGGCAACACUCAGAUCCCCAUUGACCCGGCGCUGCAACAACAGUCUCAACAAACUACAAGUGGUUAUUACCAGCCUCACCAGUACCAGGGUCACUACCAGGGCUACUAUCAAUAUACCCCGGCGCCCCAGACCACACAACAACAACAACAACAACAACAACAACAACAACCGUCUGCGCCGGUACAACCUCAGGCCGCGGCUCCGGCCGCGAGACAAACUGCUCAGUCGAACGCAAUUGACACUGCAGAUAUUGCAACCUUGAAUGACGCACUGGGAAGUGCUGGUGUGGAUCUAAGAUUGUCUAGCCCGCAAGGUUGGGAGCUGUUGCGGGGGCAGCGCGGAUUGCUUCUCUAUUGCUUUUUGAAUCUCUUGUUGAUUGUGUCGAAGUUGAAAUACAAGGGCCUUUGGCCUACCGAGUUCAAUUUGACAGAUUGGGAGACUCUCGGAACUGGUGCCGAAGAAGAAUCAUUACAACGAUCGCAUGAUGCCUAUCAAUAUCGGUACGGCGAGGACCGCGCACGCAAGCAGACUGCGAAGCCGAAUUUUGAUGCACGCUUUCUCGGUGCGACGAUGCGCAAAGUUGCCACCAAACACAAGGUGAAUACCGUGCCCGAGGACGCGGUGAAUUACAUGGCGCUGUCUCUUCGUGCGCGCCUCCAAGAUUUGAUCAGUGCCAUGAUUGCUGCAUCCGAGCAUCGAACCGACACCCAAUUCGAUCGGCCUGCGUCGCUGUAUGAGGAUGGAAGUCCGAUGUGGAGCAUCGUCGUGCGGAGCGACGUAGCCAAACAACUAGCAGCACUAGAGAAAGCGGAGCGAGAAGAGGAGAUGAAAAUACGCAGGGAGCGGAGAGAGCGUCUCGAAGCAGCCGCUGCGCAGGCUUCCGCCAUGUCGCAGAGCGGUAUGGGUGACGAUGGGGCAGGAGAAGAUGGAGAAGGAGGUGGGCCGAAGAAGAAAAAGAAAAAAGAUGGUCCGGGCGUGACGGCGCGCAACAUGUCUGAGGACGCGCGGAAGAAGAUGUCGAAUGCCGUCGCCAGCCACGCAGCGGGUUUGGGGACCAAGUACGCGUGGAUGAGCCAAGCGAGUGCAGCUGCGCCCGCAAAACCGAAGCCUCCUCCUCCUGUCACUUCGCCUGCUACGACGACAGCACCUGCUGCUACGGCCACGUCCGCGGGCCGAUGGGCGAGACCAUACGUGUCGAGCAAAUCCAUACAGUCGCAGCCGCAGCAAAGGGAGGAUGAUACGCGGAGACCGAUCACCAUGCGGGAUGCGCUGUUUGUCAUCGAAAAGGAGAAGGGCCACGGAGGCGGCAGGGGUUCUGCGCGUGGAUGGACUUAA